CUACACAAGCAGAAGUUCCUAAAAGCCUGGUUCAAGCCCCUGGCAGGAUGGAAGCAGGAGAAGCAGCUCUUCUGCCUGGAGCUGCCUGGAAUGGAUAUUUAAGCAAUGAGACCAUACCAGGCAGCCACUGGUCAAACACAACCACAGACACGUGGCUGAGUGCUGCCAAUUCAACUGAGUACCCCUAUGAGUACCUGGAUGAGGAGGAUUAUGAGCUCUAUGGCCUCUGCACAAAGGAGGAGGUGCUCUCCUUCAGCAGGGUGUUCCUGCCAUCAUUUUACACUGUGAUCUUCCUGGUUGGACUGGCUGGGAAUGCCCUCCUCUUUACUGUCCUCCUCAUGUACAUCAAGAAGAAAAAGAAGAUGACUGAGCUGUAUCUGCUGAACCUGGUGGUUUCAGACUUCUUCCUGCUACUGACUCUUCCUUUCUGGGCCCUGCACAUUUCUCAGUGGGUCACCUGGGACAUCUUGUGCCCAUUCUUAAACGCCAUGUACACUCUGAACUUCUACAGUGGCAUCUUCUUUGUGAGCUGCAUGAGCCUGGACAUGUAUCUGCAGAUAGUUCAUGCUUGCUCUCCUCACAGCUCCAUGGUGUGGAGGAAUUCCAUCCUCAUCUUGUUGGUGAUGUGGAUCCUUUCCAUAGCUCUCUCCAUUCCUGAUGGUCUCUUCACCAGCACAAGGCAAAUUCACAACAAAACCAUCAUGUGCACCCAGGAUUAUGGCCAGGAACACUUAUUUUGGAAAGUUGUGUUUCGAGUGAUUCAAAACACCCUGGGAUUCCUUCUCCCCUUCCUCUUCAUGACUUUCUGCUACUCCCGCAUCGUGUGUGUCCUCAACACCUCACAGAUCCCUGGCUCCAGGAGAGCUCUCUGCUUAGUCCUUACUCUGGUGGGGGUCUUCUUUGUGCUCUGGUGUCCUUACAACAUUGUGCUCAUCCUCCACUCCCUGCAAGAUGUCGGUGUGAUCAGGAGCUGUGAAAGCAGUAGGAAACUGGACUAUGCCCUGCAGAUCACGGAGAGCUUGUCCUUUGUCCACUGCUGUCUCAACCCCUUGCUCUAUGCUUUUGUGAAGAAACGGUUCAGGGCGUAUUUGUGGAAGAUCCCUCAGGCCAUUUUCAGGAGAGGAGCUUUCUUUUCCAUCCAGGACUCCCAGACAAGCCCGUCUUACAGCAGAUACACAGCUCAGAUAGAAAUGUUGAGCAUCACAAAUGCAUCAUAAAUACUGACAUAAUUUACAUUAUGUGUGUGCCCUCUGUGCUCUAUUUUACCAGUUGGUGUGAGCCCACAGCCCUGUGUAACCAGAUAGUUCAUCCUAGCAACACCCUUGAGAUGAGGACGUUCCAUACUGGGAUUGGAAAAGUACGUGUAGGGUCUCUUUCUGUUGCAAGUGGAAUUAUUAUGAAAAGAUUGUCCUGGAUUUACACUAGUGGAAGAAACCCAGUCUCCAUCUGGAAUAUGUGAGGCAGUAGCAAAUAAAGAAGCAGAUUUCUCAAUGUUGUGCCUUAAAAAUGCAAACUCAAACUUGAGAUUUUCCUCCUCCCUGGCAUGGGCUGAGGAAUGGAUUUCCAUGCUCAUCUAUCAGGCCAGAAACACUGCCAGGGGAUAGCUUUGCUUCUUCUGGCUCUUACCAUUUCCCAAGUGAUUUAACCAUGAUAAUCUCAAUUUCUACCAGGACAUACAACAGAAAGGACUGGAUACCUUUAAUCUGAGUUGUUCUCUGUCAUGAUGAACUGUGCCACACUGGUACCUGCUGGGCAGGGAGCUGGGUUUCCAAGGGCAGAGCCUGGGUGAGAGAUCAAUCAUCAGCUGGUUUGAGACCAGUUUGAUCAGAACAAAGUCCAGAGCAGUAACAAUCAAUGAGAAAGAGAUAAAGAGUGUGCUCAGCAGAACAGUGGUGGAGGUAUUUGCCUUCCAAGAUCCAGUUUGACAAGAUAAAAAGAUCCGCGGCUACUACUUGUAACGUAAAUAUUGGCUUUGAAACACCACAGAGUGAGAGCAUGGCCUGAACAGAAUAGAACAGAGAGCUGAUGCUCAAUACUUAUUACCUAGUAGAGCUUUAAAGUUCAAGGUUCUGAGUUUGCUUAAAGGAAUUAUUCACCCCAAAUACUCCUGAACCUUAAAUGGUCCCUUUCCAUCCUGAAAACCUAUUAAGUCUGGAGGUUGCCUAGAGCUGUACAAAUAAAAUUAUUAAUUUAAGAGAAAGCACUCAUCACUUUUAUUUUAUUACUACUUAAGGUUACAGGACUGAGAAGGGCUUUGAGUUGAUCACUGCUGAUAUUUUUCUUCCCAGCAUUGUUACAAUGUUUUUCCAAAAUUGUAAGGUUGGGAGCUUUCCUAAAAAAAAAACAAAGCCAGAAUAAAUAUUUAGCUGAUGCUAUGAUAUGGCCUUCACUCCAUGGGUCAGGUCACUGGAGAGAAUAUGGAAAGGGACAGCAGCUGGGAAGCUAAAAAGAAGAUGAAGAUUGUGAUCUCAGACAGAGAAAGGCUCUUGGGACUGUGGAAGGCUUCUGAUGGGAUGCUCUAGGGAAGAGCAAAGGUGAGGAAAUGGAGAGGAGUUUAACGUCACUCUUCAUCCUGCAUGAGAAGAGGUCCCAACACCAGGGGCUGGGACAGGCUGUGGUGACAGUCUGGGUAGAUCAGGGUGGCAGCACCCAGAGGAGCAGUGCCAGGUGAGACAGGGGUCCCUGGCAUUGUCCCCAGACCCCACCUGGAGAGAGGUAAUGAGAGUUUGAGAAGCAGAAGGGAAAGGAGGUAAAGCAGAAGUGUUGUGGUCCCUAUGGGCACUGCUCCCCAGCCAGGGGCUGGGUGGGACAUUUGGAGACUCUGGACUCCUCUGGUGCCAGAUGCAGUAACUCAAGCUCUCCCCACUCGUGGGCAGCUCAACUGCUUUGCUUUGUACUCAGACAGAGCAGUAGCACUUGAACCUGAUCAUUGGUAAAGCACUCCUGGCACACCACAUGCUGUUGAGAACACCAAAAUGUCAGAGACUUUUCCUUCUCUUGGGUUUUGAGAUUUGAUCAGCUCAGCUGUGACCCCCUUCCCUUGGUCCUGUGCUUAUUUCCAACAUCCAGUCUUGGUUUCAUUUUUUUCAGUGGGUGUCCACAGCCUGGUCUUAAAGGCAGAAGUCACAGAAUGGGAUUCUCUGAACCUUUUCAUUACAAAAUCUGGGCUCCAUGCAGGCUAGUGAAAUUUGCCUCAUGCCAAAACCCAUCCCCCUAAUAUCCAAUGGGGUUCCAACAUACCUUCCACCUUAAAACCUUCUGUUCAUCCAGGGAUGAGUUCACUCCGGAGCAGGGCCAAGGCAAACACUCACAGCCAAUGAGGACAGAGGCUGUCAGCUCUGUAUCUGCCCAUCGGCUGCUGGGUGGGGAUAAAAUGCACAUUCCUGUCCCAGCCUGUCUCCAGUGCCAGCUCCCGGACAGCCACGGAGCUCUCAUGGUGCUCUGGGUGAUUCUGCUCUGUGCCUUGGUGUCAUCACUGCUCGGUGGGCUCUAUGUCCUGGGUGUGUUUCGGAGACAGAGACCCAAUGAGCCACCUUUGGACAAAGGUACCGUUCCCUGGCUGGGCUAUCUGCUGGAAUUCCAAAAGGACGGCUCAGAGUUUCUCAAAAGGAUGCAGAGGAAACACGGGGAUGUUUUCACGGUGCUGAUCGGUGGCCGUUACUUCACCUUUGUGAUGGAUCCCUUCUGCUUUGGCACCAUCGUGAAGGAGUCACGAUCUAAACUGGACUUUAGGACUAAUGCAACUGAGCUGGUCCUGCGGGUUUUUGGCUACAAGCCCAUCGAAGCCACUCACAGCAUCGUUCAUGCAUCAAGCACAAAGCACCUGAUGGGAGAUGGCCUCACUGUCCUCACACAAGCCACCAUGGAGAGCUUUCAGAAGCUGCUGCUUUUCAACCUGAGCUCAGGGGAGAAGAGAGUGUGGCAGGAGGAAAACCUCUUCCACUACUGCUACAACAUUGUCUUCAGGGCUGGGUAUCUGGCUCUGUAUGGCACCGAGGCACCCCGAGGGGCAGGGAACAAGGAGAAGGCUGAAGAGCAGGAUCGCCUCCACUCCAACCAGCUGUUCCGGGAGUUUCGGAAGUACGACCGCCUCUUCCCUCGCCUGGCCUUUGGUCUGUUGCCUCCCAAGGACAAAAGAGAGGCUGAGAGGCUGAAGAGACAUUUCUGGAAUAUGCUGUCUGUGAAGAAGGUCUGGCAGAAGGACAAUAUCAGUGGCUGGAUAAGUGAUCAAGACAAACUUCUGGCAGAAAACAGCGUCCCCGAGUACAUGCGGGAUCGUUUCAUGUUCAUGCUCCUCUGGGCAUCCCAAGGCAACACGGGCCCAACUGCCUUCUGGCUCAUCUUGUAUCUGCUGAAGCAUCCAGAGGCUCUGCAGGCUGUGAGAGAUGAGGUGGAUAAAGUCUGCAGGGAGAGUGGGCAGGAAGUAAAGGCAGGGAGCCCCCCAGUUACUGUCACUAGGGACAUGCUGAACCAGACUCCUUUGCUGGACAGUGCUCUGGAGGAAACCCUGAGGCUGGUGGCAGCCCCAAUGCUGGUCAGAGCUGUCCUUGAGGACACCUGCCUGAGGACAAGCAGUGGGACAGAGCUCACCCUCCGCAAGGGGGACAAGGUGGCUCUGUUCCCACACAUCUCUGUGCAGAUGAACCCAGAAAUCCACGAGGAGCCUCACAAAUUUAAGUACGACCGUUUCGUAAACCCAGACGGCACCAGGAAAGAUUUCUACAGAAACGGGAAGAAGCUGAAAUUUGUCAGCAUGCCUUGGGGGGCAGGAGUCUCCACCUGUCCCGGGCGGUUCUUUGCUACUGCUGAGAUGAAAUUGUUUGUGUUCUUGAUGCUGAGUCACUUUGACCUGGAGCUGGUCCAUGAGGAGGAGGAGAUCCCAGCCAUAGACAUCAGCCGCUGGGGAUUCGGGACGAUGCAGCCCGUCCGUGACGUUCGGUUCAGAUACCGGCCACGCUUUUAACCUGGGGGCUCCUGCUGGUGCUGUUUGUUCUGGUGUCACAGAUGGGACAAAUUAUCUGAUCUUGUGGUUGUCAGAUCCAUGCCAACACUGAUAUGAUCUUGUUUGCUCAAUGUUUAUCGUGGCUUUUGUGUUUACAUCCUCCUCAUGUGCUGCUGCUGUGUUGUUGGGUUGGUUAUGGGAUUGAAAUCUGCACAGAGAGAAAAAAUGUUCCCUGUCAGGCUACUCCCAGCCCCAUCCCAGGGGCCGUCAGCCCAUUGACAGGAGGAGCACAGGGUCAGAUUGGAAGGGUGGAACACAAAUUCAGGCCUUCCAAGGAACAAGGGUUUUGUCCAGGUUCUCCCAGGGCUGCCCCAGCAGAGAAUCAGCCCUACAGUGUCGUUGGAUACUGCUGGGAACCAGGGAAAAAGCAGCCUUGAAGCCUUGGGUUCCUCAGCCUGCUCAAGGACAAGAAAUUAUAACAAUGAUUAAACCCCUGUGAGAGAAAUGAUGUUUUGCAGAAAGCAUGUUUUCAAAGAGGUGUUGCCUUCUUGGACCAAUGAGUCUUUUCUAUUCUGUUUUGCAUGAACUAUCCUAUAAAAGUGUAGUGUUUCUUUAAAUAAAGCUCUCUCUUGCUUCUCCAUUACACAAAGAA